AGGAAAGAAGGUGUGGGAACCCAGGAAUCCUGCCUCUAAGGCUGACUAUCCCUAUCCUAAGAAGUGGGACUCUGAGGUGCCCCGGCUUCUCUCUUGGGAGAGAGAGAGAGAAGACAGGACGAUGAGGUUCACCCAGGUAGACGCACACACAGCUUUCUACUUCCUCAUCUGCUGAGAUACCUUCCGGUGGGUGGGGAUAUGCGUGAACACAUUGGCACACUGGGGACCAUGGAGGCUGAGGAAAUCUACAUGAACCAGGAGGCCAGGAUGCAGGCAGCCGCCUUCAAAGACAAGCAAAAGGGGAUCCCAGACAAUAAAAAAGGUGUAGAUGAUCCUGCCUAUGAGAAUAUCACACUGACCUUCAGAAACCGGGACCAGCCAAAGGGCAGUCAUUCAUCACCCAAGAAACAGGUCCCAGCCCGGUCCAGGCCGUUCUCGGACUCUGCCCAGGCCCCCGAUUGGUUGCACAGAGCCAUCACGUGCCUGUACAUUCUCCUUGUCCUGUUGUGUAUCAUCCUGUUGGUCUGGAUCCUGGUGAAGAAUUCCGAGAUGUCUCAGGAUCUGCUGAAAUUGAAAAGUGAUCUGCAGAAUGUUUCCAUCUCGGCGCAACAGUGCCAGGAAGAGCAGAUGCAGGGCUGGAGCAAAGUCAAGCAGAACAUCACUGUUAUCCAAAAGAGCAUUAGCGCAGUCAUGAGCAAGGUCCAGACCUGUAACAAGAAACUGGAGACGCUGCCAGCAGACAUAGACCAAAUCAAGACUCAACUAGAUAAAAUCUCUGAGAAGCUGCAGAACAUACAAACUGAAAAGACCCAGCCCUCACUUCAAUAAACAAGAAGACAUGGAAGCCCUGGCUGAAGGGCUUGGUACUUUGACGCGUUGGUACCUCCCAGUGAAGAUGGGACACCAGCCUGGUCUGAACCUGUCCAUCAUCCGCACAUAUAGAAAAUCAUGUGUCAUGGUGAAUGAGUUUUGUGGAGGUGUGUGUGUGCAUGUGUGUGUGUGUGUGUGUGGGGGGGGUAAGCAUUUCAUGGAGGAUGGGUAUUUUAGUGUGUCUCACGGGAAGGUAUAUUGGGUGAAUGUUGAACGUGGGAGUCACAGAGGGUGUGAUGUGCAUGCCUGUGUCACUAUGUGACAUGUGUAUGUCGUGGCAUGUUGUGUGAUGCAUGUGACAGCGUGUCACCGUGAGUGCAGGUUUUAUUGACAUGUGUUGCCCAUGCAUGUUUCACUGUGAGUGUAAACAAGCAGAGUAUCCUGCAGUAUGUUGUGUGUACAAACGUGUCAUGGUGGAAGUGUGUGUGCAGCACACCAUGGGGGUGUAUCACUGUAACUGUGGGGUUGCAGUGUGUGCCCUGGCACUCCCUGUGCCCAUGUGAACAGGUGUGUGUCAGUGUGCAUGUGCCUGAUUAUGUCACCCAGGGUGUUCAGAGCAUGUACACUGUGUGUCUGUUUCUGCAGUCACAUUUUGUGAUUCAUGGAAAUAAAGGCUGAGGGAAAACAA